UGAUCGGCGAUUUCAUUACACGCGAGAACAUAAAUGCAAUCGUUCUGUUCCACUGCGAAGUAUCGGAAUGGGUUUCCUGGCUUCGUGCUUACUCUGGUCCAUUCCUAAGCAUUAUCAUUCCUUCUACAACAUUCUACACCGACCAUCACCGAUUGAUGUUCACGGGCCACCAUCGGUUCGGUUUGAUUGUGGAUCUAAGCUGUUCAUCGGCACACGAUUUGCUACGGUUUUGCUCCGAACGGUCGUACUUCAAUGGAUCAUAUCGGUGGCUUUUGCUGAACAGUGUGGAUACCAAUGACACGUUUUCUUACUUGGAAAGUAUGAAUUUGAACAUUGAUACGCGUCUUUCGUUUAUUGAUCGGAAUUUGAACUCUGAUGAAAGCAGUUUUGUGUGGUACGAGGUUUAUGGUACAAUCCGCAAGCGAGGUGGGAAGAAUCAUAUAAUAAAAAUCGACAAUGUGAGUUCGAAGACAGCAGUCCAGGAGACGGAUCCAAACUUUGGGUUCCGAAAACGAACAUGUCUGAAUGGAGUGGUCCUUCAAGCAGUGGUUGCGACACCCCAGCGAAAGAUCUUUAGAAAAAGUUCACCAAUUGAAGACUAUUUGCUAAAUGUGAACCCUCCAGGAGGUUACACCACCGAUAGAAUGGGAUACCAAAUGAGUGUUUUGUUGAGUGAAUCGCUCAAUUUCAAAAUACAGCUCAUAAACGCGGAUGAAUGGAACUUCAACGCAUUGGAAACGAACUCUACGAAAGGAGUUGUUGGGCAGUUGCAGAGACACUUGGCGGACUUUUCGAUUUCACCACUGGAGCUGACACAAGAGCGAUCAGCCGCUUACGAUGUAACCGUCUCAGUUAUCGCCGACAGAUCAGUGAUCAUCUUUCGUCAUCCGAAGAACAGUUUCACCAGGAACGUGUUCCUGCUUCCUUUGCGGAAUACCGUUUGGAUUGCAGUGCUGAUGACCAUGAUCGUGACGAGUCUAUUUUUGCUAGCCGUCUUGUGCGUUAGGCAUCGAGUGGAUUUCGUUAGUGCAGGUGAAGUCCUGCUGACGGUGCUGGGAUUCCUCAGUCGACAACCAUCGAUCAGUGAAACGAAUCUUGCCUCAGCUCGAAUCAUGGUCAUCGCUGUGAUACUGUUUUGCUUCAUGAUCUACCAGUUCUAUUCGACGUUCAUCAUAAGCUAUCUGCUGGUAUCGCCACCAAAGACUAUUCAGACGUUGGAGGAUUUGCUGUCUAGCAAUCAUCGAUGCUCGAUCGAAGAUUCUAAGUACAAUCGCGACUUUUUCAAUAAAACCAACGAUGUCACUGUGCAGAAGCUAUACAAUCACAAGAUCCUCCCGAACAAGCACGGCUUUACAAACAUCACCACUGGACUAUCGAUGGUUCAACGAGGCGGAUAUGCGUUCCUAAUGGAUUGUUCCUACGGAUAUCCAUUGAUUGGUGACACCUUCAGCGAACAGCAGAUAUGCGAACUCCAAGAGAUUGGCAUGCUCCCCGCAAAACCGUUGUACAUAUCCGUUCCGAAGGGAAGUCCACUGAGGGAAGUUUUCCGGGUAGUACUAAGGCGCAUUACGGAGACGGGACUUGCCGAUUACUACGGCAGGAUAUUCAGAUCCCGGAAACCCCACUGUACGAUGGUUGAUGUGGCAUUUGACCAGGUGAAGCUCGGUGAAAUUGUGAGUUUGUAUUGGUUCCUAGCGGUAGGAGGGGCCCUGGCUUUGGGGAUACUGCUGGUUGAAAUCGUGGAGUUUCGAGUCAGGACGUUCCUCGAGAUGAGGGAUAUCCAGCGGAAGUAUCCCAAGUGGCUUGACUUUGAUCAGCUGUCAACGGAGACGACAAAUUGCAUUCGUUUAGAGUUUGCUGCUACAUAUCAUUUAACAUUUAUAAACGAUUAUGGGUAUCAAGUGCAUUCCACGGUAACUUUCCACUAUGGGCAGCUACGAUUGGUUGAUUCUUCGACAAUUGAUUCCACGCCUCUACAAGAAAUGCAGGGUUUGUUCGUUUUGCUGAUUGUGUGUGGUUUGAGCAGGGCGGCGAUAAACGUUGAUUUGUUCAAAGAUUAUUUGAAGUGGAGAAAUGUGAAAAUUGUUACGGUAUUCCACUGUGUCAAUCAAAAUGAUGUCUUUGACUUGUAUUCAAAGAUGACAACUUCGAGUUCAGAGAAGAUCCAUUUCUCGGAUAUCUCCAACUUCACAGCUGCAAUCUGGAACCACACGCACAUUAUGCGAUAUGACUACCACAAGCUGGGAGCUUCCGUGGAUAUGGGAUGUCCAGAAACUCCGAAGCUUUUCGGAGUAAUGUCCAAGUACGAAUACUUCAAUGCCUCCUACUAUUGGUUGGUGUUUGCAAAUGGGACACUAGACGAGGCGGCUUGCUUGUUGAGUGAGCAGAAUUUGAACGUAGAUGCGAAGGUUACACUGGUGGUUGAUCAAGGAGUUCAACAAGAUGCUUUCGAUGUGUACGACGUUUUCAGUCCUUCAAUAAGAAGAGGAGCUACGUUGAACACUACGCUCAUUGGGACUUGGAGUCGCGAAAUUGGAUUUACCAUCGCAGUGAACCAAAGUGAAUACGAACGACGAGUAGAUCUCAGGGGAAUCUCGCUCAAAUCGGCGGUGACGACUUUGGAUCAGUUACAUCACCAUACUCUGAUGCAGUUUUUGGCAAGCAACGAGACCAAGCGCGAAUACUCUUUUCAUAAACUCGGAUACCAUAUGCUGGCGUUUUUAGUCGAAAAACAUAAUUUUUCGGUCGAAUAUAUCAGGAACAGUAAUUGGGGAUUAAAUAGCACGGAUGGGCGCUCCAGUCAGGGUGUCAUCGGACAGGUGGCCACUAAAAAGGUUGACUUCACCGUCAACGUCUUUAUUCACACAACGGAAAGGAUAGGCCUGACUGAUCACACCGUCAAUGUUGGAUUACCGAGAUGGCUUUUGUUGUUCCGUCAUCCACGGAUCAAUGAAGGUCACUUCUUUUUUCUACAACCAUUUCGUCUAGAUUUAUGGAUCGCAAUUUUAGUAAUCGGUUUUCUGGCCGUUCUGGUCACGUAUUUUUCCUAUAACGAUCCUCGAUCUGAAAACCGUAGCCUAGCAUGGCUCACCGUUUUCGGAUUUCUUUUUCAACAAGGUUGGAAUCUAGUAUGUGCAGAUUGUUAUAUUACUUACAAUAUCUCACUUCUUGUAGGAACAUCAUCGAUAAUAUCGCACAGCUCUACUCGUAUUACGUUGCUCAGCGUUCUCGUGUUCUCCUUCUUGAUCUCUCAGUUUUAUUCCGCUUACAUUGUAGGUUAUCUGCUGAUCGUCCCCCCGAAGACCAUAAGGACACUUAAGAAUCUCCUGGACAGUGAUCUCAAAGUGGUUGUCGAAAAUUUGAGUUAUCAUAAGUAUUAUCUCAAUAAAACCAAAGACCCCAUUGCCGUCGAACUCUACCACAAAAAGAUCCUCAACGGUGAGGACAACUUCUUGAACGUCACCGAAGGAAUUGCACGGGUAAAACGUGGUGGCUACGCAUUCCACUGCGAAACGGCCUACGUGUAUCCUCUCAUUGUGCAAGCCUUCACGGAUACGGAAAUUUGCGAUCUACAGGAAAUGCUGCUUCAUCCGUUACGACCGUUGCACUUUCCGUUGCGAAAGGGCAGCGAGUUCAAGGAAAUGUUCCGCAUCACGCUACGGAAGGCAACCGAGACGGGCAACAUGGCGUACCAGAGGAAAUUCUUCUUUUCCGAUAAACCCAAGUGCUACAAGAACCAGCUGGAAACGGUGUCCGUGGGUUUGGAUCGUUUGCUAACGUUGUUCUACGGGUUGCUCGCUGCGAUGGCGGGAAGUUUUAUCAUUAUGCUGCUGGAGAUGGGACAUUUUAUGGUUGUUAGAAACGUUCGGUAGGUUUUGGAAGGGAAUCUAGGUGUAGAUUGGGUUAAUUAGGAUUGAUUCACUGUACAGCUAUUGUACUUUGUCUGUGCAUUACGUGUAAGAUUAUCUUAUUUCAUUAAUUGUUAGCAUUGAAUUAAACAUAAUGACUGAAUCACAGUGAAGCAGAAGAGAGUACACGACAUCCGUUAAUCAGCAACAGUACCAAUCAGGCAAAACGGUAAAAUAAAUUUUUAUUUAACUAUUCGAAGAAACCGAUCCAAAAUGAAGAGAUUAUCACCUCUCUCGCUUUUCACUUACAUCUUUACACUGUGUUUCAAAGUACACUAAAUUGUAAUAUGAAUAAAAGACUCAUACACAAAAUACAACUUAAAACCUACAUCUGAACAUAGUUCUGUAGCAAUCACCCGAGUCAUAGAACAAAUAUCUGAAACUACUUCUUAGAUGAAUUCCGAAGAAGCAACAUUGUGAAUGUAUGGAAAAUUGAUGAAAUUUUUAGUGAAACUCCAGAUGGAAUCUUUUGAGGAAAACAUUUCGUUGUACAGUUCGUAAAAAUAUAGAAAAAAAUGAACAAAAACAUAGUCUCAAGAGUCUCUGAUAAUGUGAACGUAAACUGAAGAAGUCUCCUGAAGAAUUUCUAUUAGUUUUUCGAAAAUAUUCUGAAAUUUGUUU